AUGAACUAUACCUCUGCUACGUCGAGCCCGCCCCAUCCCGCUAACCGUGUUCUUCAGACCGAGUCACUAGAAGAUGUGCUUACACAGACAUUGCAACUGGCCCAACAAGCCGACGCCUCGUCCACCAAGAUCACCGACUUCCUAUCAAACCUCUACAGCAAGGGGCCCAACAUCAAUACCAUACUCUGUAGAUCGAGCCUCUUCGCCCGUGCCCGACCUCAGCAAUGGCCCGCGGCGCCCACAGAAGAUCUGCGUCAACUCUCUGCUCAACUUCACGUUCUGGCAGGCAUGAAUCUAGACUCUCCUUGGCCAAUCUCACAUGAACCAUCUUGUCCACACCUGGCAGUGGCUGGGCACCGCGGCCCAUUCGACGAUAGCUACGACUCCGACGAAUAUGAUGUCCCGGACAUCAACGAGAAUUCCCAGAGCGAGGAAGCACGCCAUCUGCUUCGAAAUACUCCGCGACCGAUCCGAGACGCGCAUCCGUGGGCCCGCUCCCGAGUCUACGACUUGCGCCGAUACAACGUGUCGAACAUGUGGGGUCCCUUUACCGACGAUGGCACACAACGCAUCGAUUGGGAGAAGGUCCAGGCCAUCAUGGUGAUCCUUGGUUUCAAUCACCGAAUGUACAGUGAACGACGCGGACUGAGCGACACAGACUUCUUGGGACUCACCGGUUCUUCUCCACGGUCUUCUGGCGAGGGAAGUGCGUCAGUCUCGUCCACCAAAUCCAACCUCCUGAAACCCUGGGCAAACCUCUUCUGCGGCAUCGCCCCCAACAGCUACGUCUCAUCCUCGCUCACGGGAAAAAUCAAGCCCGCUCCCAACCCCAGCCUCGAUGCUCUGGAUCCCUAUGGUGUCACAGGGACUUGGAUGCGGAUCGUCUGUUUCCUGGACUAUAACGACCUCUAUCGCUUCAAUUUCGAGAGAAACGCGGACAUUCCCAUGACCCAGGAACGAGACCCCAUCACGACGAGGGAGGCCUUUCGAUUGAUCAGACUGCAAUUGCAUGUCACCAGGAUCGAGGAACAAGAGGAGAAAGGAGAGGACGGAGAGGAUCUGUUGCCAGUGGUUUACUUUGAAGGCACCAGUCGGAGUACCUUUAUGGCGUGGGAUCCUAACGCGAAUUCCAGGAUAAGAGGAACCGUUCGCCAAACCCCGACCAAGGCGAUCCGCUGGACCUCGUUCUCCAUUUUCCACGGCGAAGAGCGCUGGCGUUCCGAAGGUGUACAGAUCGGUGGCAUCCGCAGCGCCCGAGGCGUCCUGGGCAACUGGUUUGACAAGGAUUACGACGUGCAUGGUCCCGCGGGCCCAACGGCAUUUUGGAAGGUGUCGGACGAAAUGGUCGAGGAGAAGAGACACAAUCUGCCGCAGAUGCUGCAGAUUUUCAUGGCCGAGUAA